AUGGUCUCUGAAGACUUUUUGGUAUAUUUAGAAAAUAUGCCAACGAAACCCCUUGUUCCAGGCUGCAACAUCAACCAGACGGACUCCGGUAGAAGGACAGCCCUACACUAUGCCGUGGAGGUCGGGGCCGUGGAGGUGGUGGCGGCGCUACUGGAGGCAGGGGCGGAGGCGGACGUGAGGGAGAAAGCGCGAGGGAGGACGCCCUUGCAUCUCGCUACCGUCACGAACUCCUUGGAAAUUCUCAAGCUUUUGCUCAAACCGUUGCUGGAGGACCCAUGGCAUGCUCGAAGUGUACUGAAGGUUGCAGAUAAGAUUUCCUCCGUGCUGGAUUCUUUUAUCCACAUCUAA